CUGCAUUGUUGGUUAGGGGCUCGUAAGUAAGCAUUUCACUGUAAUGUCUACUACACCUGUUGUGUUUAGAGCAUGUGACUAAUAAAAUUUGAUUUGAAAUUAUGUUAGGUACAUGACCACUGUUCCGCCUAGCUGUCGGAGGGUGAAGCUGUGGUGAGGCAUGACGGAGGGUGGCAGUCCUCCCCGGGGGAGGAGGGGGACAUCACCUGGACCCCCAAGCAACAACUAGUCCCUCUGAAGUCGAAGACCAGCAGCACAGGACGCCGGUGCAGUUGCAACGCCUCCACCAGGUUUCACCCUCAAGUCCCUCCACCUCUAAAGAAGAAGUGUGUCAAUGGCUUUAUCAUGUUCUGCCGCAUCAACAGGAAGACCUACCUCUGAUGAGUAACUCCUUUAGCCCCCAUAACCCUGUGUUUCAGCUGGAUGUUCUCUACCUCUGUGUCUAUAACUAAGAUGGCUGCCAUGUCUCUGAACAGCACUCACCCUCGCACUCCGUCUACUGUGGUCACCAAGGAGCUGGCCAGCCUGUGGCACGUCAUGCUCAAGCAGGAGAGACGUGUCUACUGUCUGAAGGCUCGUCGCUUCAGCCGCCAGCAGAACCGUAACGUGAGGAGUGAGUUGGUGAAGGGAGAGGAAGACAGCGAGGAAGAGGACUGUACCCAGCCCCCUCCACGUGCUGCAGCCAGAGGAGGCUCCUAGAGAAGCUACCUCCUGACACUGACCAUAUGCAUCUAGCAUUGGAUGUCCAUAUUUAUAUCUGUGUCCAUAUUCAAAUAAACACUGUUUAUUUAAGAGUCUUACUGUAUGAGUUAAUUAUGGAGUUCGUUGGAGAUUCAAUUAUAUUUUCAAAUGCAGACACUUCAUCUCUGUCUUGCACACCACAUUUUAACUGUUACUUAUUGUUUUCUACUUCAAGUUGAAAUGUAUUUAUACAAAAUGUUCAAACUUGAUUUUACAGAUAUCAUUGAUUACAUUUUUACUUGGGAGUUUUCUAUUUACAUAAAGUGAGGUCUUCCCAUGGGUUAUAAUGCCAAGGCAGUGUUUUACUAGUCAUGUCAUUCUGACAUUUAUUUCAUCACUCUGUAUUUAUGAUCAUAAUGCAAAGGACCAAAUAAAUUCCAGACUACACAGUAUGUAGCACAAAACAAUCACUUGCACCAUGGACUGAGAUGUAUUUAUUACCUAUUUAUACACAUUGCAUUUAUGAAUAUAUGUGUUAGGUCUGUGUUUCUAUAUUACACAUUGUGUAAAGUAUUUUUUUACCAGGCAGGUAAGAACUGAAGUCUUACUGUUGUAUUUAGUUAUUCAAAUUGAGAAUUGAAGUUUGCUGAAGUGUUUCUAUGCAUGGUGUCAAAAUAUGUUUAUACUCUACAUGGACAAAGUAUGUGGUAAUGUUACCUAUUCUAGUAACUGGCAUUGAUUUGGGCCAAGAGCAUUUUCUUUAUAUAGGAAUUUACAAUCAAGAUGCAGGAUUUCACCUUAAAUGUAAUAUUACCAGGACAUACAUUUCUACUAGAAUUAAUGAAAAUAACAUGUUAGCUAUUCUAGUAUCACUUUGCAGUCCCCCACCUGCAAACAGCCGACAAUAUAGUUAAAGUAAUUAUGAGCGGAGAAAGGACAAUUCAUUAAGCAUUUGAAUGUUUUUCUUUACUGAUGUGAAUACACUAUAUGACCAAAAGUCUGUGGACACCUGUUCGUCAAAUAUCUAAUUCCAAAAUCAUGGGAAUGAAUAUGGAGUUGGUCCCCCUUUGCUGCUAUAACAACCUCCAGUCUUCUGGGAAGGCUUUCCUCUAGAUGUUGGAAUAUUGCUGCAGGGACUUGCUUCCAUUCAGCCACUAGAGCAUCCCAAAGGUGUUCGAUGGGGUUGAGGUCAGGGCUCUGCGCAGGCCAGUCAAGUUCUUCCACACUGAUCUCAACAAACCACCCGAGGAGAGACGAUUUUUACGCGCUUCAGCACUCAGCGGUCCCAUUCUGUGAGCUUGUGUGGCCUACUACUUCGCAGCUGAGUCGUUGUUGUGCCAAGACAUUUCAACUUCACAAAAACAGCACUUACAGUUGACAAGGGCUCUAGCAGGGCAGAAAUUUUACAAACUGACUUUGUGGAAAGGUGACAUCCUAUGACGGUGCCACGUUGAAAGUCACUGAGAUCUUCAGUAGGGGCCAUUCUGCCAAUGUUUGUCUAUGGAGAUUGCAUGGCUGUGUGCUCGAUUUUAUACACCUGUCAGCAAUGGGUGUGGCCGAAAUAGCCGAAUCCACUCAUUUGAAGGGGUGUCCACAUACUUUUGGUCAUAUAGUGUAUGGUCUGUAAAUAAAAGUUCUUAAAUUGUUAUUACUACUUUGUUGAGUUAUUUGAGACGAGUUAACAUUUAUUUUAAAUACCCCACAAUAUAGUAUUUUAGAUUAUUAACAUUAAUUCUUUGUAAAAAUCACAUUGUUAUAACUCAGUUUUUCAUAAUCUAAAGUCAAGGCCACUGUGCCCUCAAACUAAGUAUACUUAGUAGUCUUUGAGAAGUUAUUAUUACUUGACUUUGGGCAUCUCAGAUAAAAGUAUAUUCACAGUGCUGGUAAUUCAAUUUGGUAGUCACCAGGUGAAGCUGGUUGAGAGAAUACCAAGAGUGUGCAAAGCUGUCAUCAAGGCAAAGGGUAGCUACUUUGAAGAUUCUCAAGUAUAAAAUACACUGCUCAAAAAAAUAAAGAGAACACUUAAACAACACAA